UUUCGUGUGCAUAGUACAAUAUAUAUGCUGUGAAUGAAGGAGAUAACCUACAGGUAUACAUAUCUACACUUCAGACAAUUUUAUAAGGUCUAAGAAUUAAUUGGUUAGUUUAAAAUGCUAAAAUGAUUCCCUGAGGAUUUAUGAGCUAAGAAUGCUCAGGGGUUUAGUGUCCUGACAUCUCUUUAAUUAGCAGUCUCCAAGAUCUCACACUAAGAAGAUGCUAAGCCAGUGCCUUCUGUCAUAUCUCAAGAGUUUCAGAAGGCUUGAAAGCCACAGAGGAAGGUGAAUGUAUUAUGUCUGUGAGCUAUACAAUAUGUACAAAGUACAUUUUUCUUACUAGUAACAAGUUAGGACUUCUUCCUACCACUCCUGCUUUGAUGGUGAUGAAUUUCUAAAAGAAAUCCUAAGAAAAAUCCAGCAAAAAUGGGUGAGGUAAAUAAAGAUGCUGUUGAAAAAUACCUGGAGAACAAUCCUCAGUUUGCCAAGGAGUAUUUUGACCGAAAAAUGAGGGCAGAAGUGCUGGGAAGUAUCUUUAAAGUGAACCCUGGAGAUGUGAAGGAAGGAGUCAGCUUCAAAGACAUGUCUCGCCUGGAGGAAAGUAACAUACUUUUUGAGUUGAUAACAGAAAUCCAAGAUGAAGCAGGUGUUAUGGAAAAGAUAGUGCACAAGGCCCUGCAGAGGCUGGCACAGCUGCUGGCAGCUGAUCGGUGUAGUAUGUUUCUUUGUCGUUCCCGAAAUGGUAUUCCAGAGGUAGCCACCAGGCUUUUGGAUGUCACUCCAACUUCCAGCUAUGAGGAAAAUUUGGUAAAACCAGAAAAUGAGACUGUUUUUCCUCUGGACAUCGGGAUAGUGGGAUGGACUGCUCAUACCAAGAAGUUUUUUAAUGUACCUGAUGUGACAAAGAACAACCAUUUUUCUGACUUGCUGGACAAAAAAACUGGUUAUAAAACAGUCAAUAUGUUGGCAACUCCAAUUACACAGGGUAAAGAGGUGCUUGCUGUUCUGAUGGCACUCAACAAAUUAAAUGCCCCUGAGUUCUCAAAAGAGGAUGAAGAGGUAUUUAAAAAAUACCUCAAUUUUGUGUCUUUGGUCAUAAGAAAUCAUCACACAUCGUAUCUCUACAAUAUCGAAUCACGAAGAAGUCAGAUGCUUUUGUGGUCUGCCAACAAAGUAUUUGAAGAGCUAACAGACAUAGAACGGCAGUUUCACAAAGCACUGUACACUAUUCGAAUGUAUCUGAAUUGUGAAAGAUACUCCAUUGGUCUGCUGGACAUGACUAAAGAGAAGGAGUUCUAUGAUGAGUGGCCAAUCCGGCUGGGGGAGGCAGAGCCAUACAAAGGCCCCAAGACACCUGAUGGACGAGAAGUUAACUUUUAUAAGAUUAUUGACUAUCUUUUACAUGGACAAGAAGAAAUCAAAGUCAUUCCGUCACCUCCAGCAGAUCACUGGUGUCUUAUCAGUGGAUUGCCAACAUAUGUUGCUGAAAAUGGACUUAUUUGUAACAUGAUGAAUGCACCAGAAGAUGAAUAUUUCACAUUUCAGAAAGGACCAGUGGAUGAGUCCGGAUGGGUUGUCAAAAAUGUCCUGUCAUUGCCUAUUGUCAACAAAAAAGAAGAAAUUGUGGGAGUUGCAACAUUUUACAACAGGAAAGAUGGAAAGCCUUUUGAUGAGUAUGAUGAACAGAUCAUUGAAACUCUCACACAGUUCCUAGGGUGGUCUGUUUUAAAUACUGACACUUAUGACAAAAUGAACAAGCUUGAAAACAGGAAAGACAUUGCUCAGGAAAUGCUUAUGUACCAGACAAAGGCCACUCCUGCUGAAGUUGAAUCUAUCCUGAAAUACAAGGAGAAAUUAAAUGUAAAUAGUUUGGAUGAAUGUGACCAAAAGGAUCUCGUCAGGAUUUUGAAAGAAGAAUUACCUGAUCCAAAAGAUUUAGAACUGUAUGAAUUUCGCUUCAGUGACUUUCCUGUUACAGAGCAUGGCCUGAUAACUUGUGGAAUACGACUGUUCUUUGAGAUAAAUGUUGUUGAAAAGUUCAAAGUCCCAGCUGAGGUUCUUACAAGAUGGAUGUACACAGUCAGGAAGGGUUAUCGAGAUAUCACUUACCAUAACUGGAGACAUGGAUUCAAUGUGGGACAAACAAUGUUUACUCUACUGAUGACAGGCAAAAUAAAGAAAUACUAUACUGAUCUAGAAGCCUUUGCCAUGGUUGCUGCUGCUUUCUGCCAUGACAUUGAUCACAGAGGGACCAAUAACUUGUAUCAAAUGAAGUCAGCUGCUCCACUGGCAAAACUUCAUGGCUCUUCCAUUUUAGAAAGGCAUCAUCUAGAGUACAGUAAAACCCUGCUGCAAGAUGAGAGUUUAAACAUCUUCCAGAACCUAAAUAAGCGCCAGUUUGAAACCGUCCUACACUUAUUUGAAGUUGCAAUAAUAGCAACUGACUUGGCUUUGUAUUUCAAGAAAAGAACUAUGUUCCAAAAGAUUGUGGAUGCAAUUGAAAAAAUGGAAACAGAAGAGCAGGCAAUUAAGUAUAUAUCUAUUGACCCAACAAAAAAAGAAGUCAUCAUGGCUAUGAUGAUGACUGGAUGUGACCUGUCUGCAAUAACCAAGCCUUGGGAAGUGCAGAGUAAGGUUGCCCUCAUGGUUGCAAACGAAUUCUGGGAGCAAGGCGACCUGGAACGAACUGUGCUACAGCAACAACCUAUUCCUAUGAUGGACAGAAACAAAGGAGAUGAACUACCUAAGCUCCAAGUUGGUUUCAUAGAUUUUGUGUGUACAUUUGUGUACAAGGAAUUCUCAAGGUUUCACAAGGAAAUUACACCUAUGUUUGAUGGUCUUCAAAACAACAGGGUUGAAUGGAAAACACGAGCUGAUGAAUAUGAUGAGAAAAUGAAAGCCAUUGAGGAACAAAAGAAAAAGGAAGAAGAAGCAGCUGCCCAAAAAGCAGAAAAUCCAGGUGGAGGUGAAGAAGGAAAAUCCAAAACAUGUGUAGUUUUGUAAUUCUUUGUCUCAAACUGUUCCUGCUACAGAAAAGACAUCUAGAAAGAACGUCAAUGAACCCCAGUGGAUUUCUGCUUUGCAUAGAAUAGUAUAGCUUGAUCUCUUUAACAAUCCUCUUAAAACAUUUGCCAUUUGUUGGAAAUAAUUUUUAAUGAAGUAAAAAAUGGUUACAAUUAAAAACUGAAAAUAAUAACGGUGUGAACUGUGCGCUCUAGGUAUUUUUCCAUGUCACUCAAUUUACAUAGAGUGUUUUUAUUAAAAUAGAUCAUUCUGCACACUGUCCAGAAAACAUACAAUUUUUGGCAGAUCUAUGAAAUUAUGGAAUGAAAUCUAAUGUGUACAAUUCAAACAAAAAAUUCAACUAUUGCUACUUGUAUAUUUAGAUUUUUAUAUUACGUGUCUUUCCUUAAUCUGGAAUUCCAUCCAUUCCCUUCAUUCUCAACACUAUAUAAAGUUCUAGAGUAAACAUCUCCUUCACUUUAGGAAUGCUCAACACAAUUAGCUGGCUCUGUUUAUAAAAAGCAAGCCCAUGGUACACUGUGUUUUUUCAAAAUUGCCAAGAG